UAUCCAAAGGUAAAUACUACUAGAAACUAGGAAGAUUAGCGAAGUCUAAGUGAUGUCGUAUGAGUUCUAACUGCUUCAUUAAUUGUUAAUUUUGAAUUGAUAUAUAGAUUAUAGAAUAUAAAAAAAUGUGAAUUUUCAGGUAUUGCUUUUGGUUUUUUGAUUGUGAUGAUUGGCAUUACAUGGAUAUACUUCACCAUAAAGAAGAGGAAACUCAUCAGAGUAAGAAAGAGAUUCUUCGAGCAAAAUGGUGGUUUGUUAUUGAAGCAGCAACUUUCUUCUAAUAAGGGUAGUAUGGAAUCAGCCAAUAUAUUUUCUGCCGAAGAGCUUGAGAAGGCCACCAACAAUUAUUCUGAGGAUCGUAUUCUUGGCCGAGGGGGGUAUGGAACAGUUUACAAAGGGAUUCUGAGAGAUAAACGUAUUGUUGCAAUAAAGAAAUCAAGAAUAAUGGAUGAGGGUGAAGUAGAGUUAUUCAUAAACGAGGUGGUCAUUCUAACUCAGAUUAACCACAGAAAUAUCGUCAAACUAAUGGGAUGUUGUUUGGAAACUGAAGUACCAUUGUUAGUGUAUGAAUAUAUCGCAAACAAUACAUUAUAUUACCAUAUCCACAACAGCGGAGAAAUGCCAUUUUUUUCUUGGGAUAAUCGUCUGAGAAUUGCAACAGAGGCCGCAGGUGCACUUGCAUAUCUUCAUUCUUCAACAGGAAUGCCGGUUAUCCACAGAGAUAUUAAGUCCCCCAAUAUCCUGUUAGAUGAGUAUUACACUGCCAAAAUAGCCGAUUUUGGAGCUUCAAGAUUGGUUCCUAUUGAUCAAACACGAGUGACUACUCUUGUACAGGGUACUUUGGGUUAUCUUGAUCCUGAGUAUUUCCUUACAGGCCAAUUAACAGAUAAGAGCGAUGUUUAUAGCUUUGGAGUGGUCUUGGCUGAGCUUCUGACAUGUAGAACACCUUUGUCAACUGAAAAGAGUGAAGAAGAGAUUAACCUAGCUACUUACAUUGUAUUGUCGGUUAAGGAAAAUCGAUUGCUCCAAACUGUUGACCCAAGAAUUUUGAGGGAAGGGAGUUUUGAGCAAAUCAGUGCAGUGGCUGAGACUGUUAAAAGGUGUCUCGAGUUAAAAAGCGAAGAAAGGCCGACUAUGAAAGAAGUGACAAUUGAAUUGGAGAUGUUGAGAAAAUAUAAUACACACUCAAACAGACAAGAAGUGAUAAGUACAUCUGAUGGAGACAUGGGAUCGACAAGUGAGCAGCCACUUGAUCUAUAUCCAGUUCCAGUAAAUCCUGGAUUCAACAAGGACGAUUACUCUGAACAGUACAUUUUAGAUAGCCAGUUGUUUCAUGCUAUCAGUAUACCUCGUUAA